CCCAUCCAUGUCACCCCCGCGGACCCGUCCAUCUCUCCCCCACGCUCCCCUGAGCAGUGGAGUCCCCUCUCGCUCGCUCGCUCCGGCCACGCUCCCUGACACACCUUUCCAACCACCGAGAAAGACGAGAGAAGAGAGAAACAGGACAGAAGGCGGAGGAGAGGAGGGUGGUGGGGAUGGCGCGGCGCGGGCGUGUGGAGCUGCGGCGGAUCGAGGACCGGACGAGCCGGCAGGUGCGCUUCUCCAAGCGCCGCUCGGGGCUCUUCAAGAAGGCCUUCGAGCUCGCGGUCCUCUGCGACGCCGAGGUCUCGCUGCUCGUCUUCUCCCCCGCCGGCAGGCUCUACGAGUACGCCUCCUCCAGCAUAGAAGGUACAUAUGACCGCUAUCAGGCAUUUGCAGGAGCCGGAAAGGACGUGAAUGAACCCGGUGCAAGUAACAACAAUGAUGGAGAUCCUUCAAAUAUACAGUCAAGGCUUGAAGAGAUUACUACCUGGUCUCUUCAAAACAAUGCUGAUGACUCAGAUGCUAAUGAGCUAGAGAAACUGGAGAAACUACUGACAGAUGCUUUGAAGAAUACAAAAUCGAAGAAGAUGUUGGCGCAACGAAAUAGUGGUGCAGGAACGAGUGCAAGCGGCGAGAACUCCAGUCGUCCUAGGGGACAGAAGGAAGGAAGGACUUGAGCAGCCAUGUGAUGUGCCUGCAUUUGGUACAAGGAGAGCUCUGCUGCUGAUGCCACACUCUUCCCCAGUUAUUGGAUAUGAAAGAGUUGUGAAGGAUGCUGCUUGUUGGGCAAAUUCAAUAAAAGGGUGGUGGGUUAACACCAAUAAUGUCCUUGUUAAGUUAUCUGAUGUUCGUAUUAAACCUAUCAUUCUCUUGUCA